UGAAGAUUUGUGCCGACGUCGACAUGCAGCGUACUGAAUGGGUUUGGAUGAACGACCGGUUCGGCUGACAGCGGAGGUCCCGUCAGCACAGGAGGACUUUAUUUUUUAGUGUGUUUCAUUUUCGGCAGGGAUGGCCAAAAUGAACUGCGGGCCGUCCAGCUGCAGGGUGGUGGUCCUGGCAGGAAAAUACUGGUCCAACCCGGUGAUGGUCCAGCCCGCGGGUCCUCAGCGGAGGAUGUUCAGAUUCCAGCGGUGCUCGGUGAGCUCCAGCGCGGCGGGGAAAGGAGGAAAGGCCGCGGCUUUGGCCCAGCAGGAGUUCCCCGGCUACUCCUGCGAUCGUCCCGUUGUGAACAACCGGACCCUCAUCUACCGAGACGUCAAGGCGUUCCUGAACGAGAUCGGCGGUGACCCGCGGGAGGCCCGAUACUGGCUGACCCACUUCCAGAGAGCCACGGCGGCCCAGGCUCCGGCCUUCGCCGUGCUACAGGUGGACAAGUCAGUUUUCCAGAGCAGGGAGAUGGUGCAGAGCUUGGCAUUUGGGCUCUCCUUUCUGCAGCGGAUGGAUAUGAAGCCGGUGGUGGUUAUGGCUGUGUUGGAGGCAGAGUCGGACAGCUGCAGUGAGAAGGUCAGAGGUCAUCUGGUGAAGCAGAGCCAGCUGCUGACUCAGGCUCUGCAGCAGCACUCUGCCACUGUGCUGCCCUUCUUUUCUGCUGAGGCCCUGCUGCGCUUGCAGGACCCCCCAUACACGAACAGCAGUGCUUCUCCCUCUGUUGCCGUGGACACCGGUCUCCUCCAGUGGAGUCUGGACUGUGGCGUCAUCCCGCUUAUUUGUCCGGUGGGCCGAGACCGUGACGGCUGCUCGGUGCCACUGGACCCGCUGGAGGUGACGGCAGCUGUCUGCAGAGCCCUGCAGCCCCACAAAGUCAUGUUCCUCAACAGCGCCGGAGGCCUCCGCAACCACAACCACAAGGUUCUGGGUUCGGUGUCAUUGCCUGGCGACCUGCCAAUGUUGUCCAGUGCAUCCUGGUUGAGCCCGGCAGAGAGGAGGAGAAUCGGGGUCAUUGCGCGGCUGCUGAACCAGCUGCCAACAGAAUCUACUGCUGUCAUUACAUCUGCCAACACCCUGCUGACAGAGCUGUUCAGCCAUAAAGGUUCUGGAACUCUCAUCAAAAACGGAGACCCCAUCCACAGGUACAGCUCUUUGGACAGUAUAGACAUCAACCGUUUGUUGGCUUUGAUCAACAAGUCAUUUGAUAAAACUCUGAAACAAGACUACACUGACUCUCUGAGAGGACGCCUGCACUCCAUCUACCUGUCUGAGGGGUACAGUGCAGUUGCCAUAGUAACCAGAGAGCCGGUGUCCAGCGGGACUCUGUACCUGGAUAAGUUCGUGGUGAGCAGCAGUAAGCAGGGUCAGGGAAACAGUCACCUCCUCUGGGAGUGCAUCAGACAGGACCUGGGCAAACUGUUCUGGAGAUCCAGAGCCACCAACAGGAUCAACCCCUGGUACUUCAAGCACUGUGAUGGAAGUUUCGUUAACGGGUUGUGGACGGUCUUCUGGUUCGGUCUUACCGACAUCAGAGAUUCCUACGAGCUGGUGGAAUAUGCCAAGAACCUCCCUGACUCCUUUUCAACCUACAAAGCAGAAGGAGGAGAACCCAAACCGGCAGCUGAACCUGCCGUUCCAGUGUCCUGACCUUCACCCGGCUGCAGGCUUAUCCAACAGAGGCUGUCCAUAGCUUUUGAUCAUGUCUUUAUUGAAGGGCUGGCUCGGUAUCGGAUACCUGGGUGUUGAUAUCUCCACCAAUCUGUCAGCUUUGCUCUUAACUGCACUCCAUGAAUUAAAUCCAGUGAAGAAGUCCUGACCCGCUGGAACAACCUCGUCACUAAUUGGCAAGUGAGCAGCAGUAAAAAUAUACUACCAAAAAUAACCUACAUUUUCUCAAUGACCCCAGUUCAACUGAUAGCCAAGUGGUUCAACGCCCUGGACUCCAUAACCAACACUUUCUACUGGAAGCAGAAAAAAAAAAAGAUUUAAACUGACAACACUACAAAAAAUAAAGAGUGUGGUGGUUUAGCCACCCCAAAUAUCAGACAGUCCUAUCUGGCAAACCAUCUGCAAUCUCAGGAAUCAUGAAUAUCUGAUCUCCCAUUUCUCUCGAAUCAAUAAAGACUCAUUGUUUUAA